GAGUACCAUCCGCGCUUCGCCGAGAAUUCUGAACUCGCAGCGCGCUCUGCACUGUUCUUGGUACUCUGCGGCCUUCCCUUCCUCAUCCCCGAGGGCGAGAUCCAGAGCCUCGAUGCCUUCCUCCAUACAGGCUUCUACGCCGUCGGUGUGGUGAGCUUCAUAGUGUUGCACCUGAAGAGAAACCUGGGUGCGACCAUGGCGGCGACAGCAAGUGGCUUGCGAGGAGUUCUGCUCGCAGUCUGCAAUGCCUGGUUCUUGUUUGGCAUCUGUCCUGAUGGCUACACCGACGACGCACCAGUGUGGGUCUGGUGGUUCGGCCUACUGGAGGGGCUGCUGUUUGUGUCCCUAUUGGCAUUCCUGAAGUUUGAUACAGCAGUGAUAUUUAGCAUCAAGCUGUUUGCGGGCUACUGGAUGCAGUUUCUGCGGGGAGAUCAGAAAGGAUUCAGACAGCCCUUCACACCUGGAUUUAGUCUGCGGAAGAACCGAGGCAUUCAAGAUUUGACCUGCGUGGUCUUGGGAUCCAUUUUCGCCAUCCUGGUCUACAUUGUGCCUUACCCCCUCACGGCGUUGAACUCUGCAAAAGAGGUUGCAACCGAGAUGACGCACGAGGUACCCAAGAUUUUGCGAUUGUUCGUUGAGUUCCUGGAAACGGACAAGAGCAACGAUUACGGCCAGGAUCGUAUUCAGCGGCAUAUACGGCGCUUGCACAAAGAGUCAGGUAGGCUGGCAGACAGCGUGAAGCAUGCCUGGUGGGAGUGUUUUGGCUGCGGGCGCAGGCAGCUGGAUAGGUGGGCGCUUGGAGUGCUCGAGCAGUCGCUGCAGAAGACCUACGAUGCGAUCCAAGGCAUUUGGGCUGUGGCCGAGCUCACCAAAACAGAGGCACGAAGCGAGAAGCAUGUGGCCCUGAUCAAAGUUGUCAAGGCACACUUUCUCCCCAUCGUGGACAUUGUUGAGGAGCUGCUGGUAUCCGUUGUGUCGGUGGACAGUUUGGUCCACUUCACAUCAGCUGAUGCUGAGAGGGUCAGAGUCCUCAAAGACAAGAUCCACGAAGCCAAGGGCCGUUUUCGAGAGGCUUUCUGGGAGGAGCGUGCAAGGAUCAUGGCAGAACAGACAGACGAGCGGUCGAUGCGGAACAGCAUCAACGAGCUCCGCGUCAUUCAUGUGGUGGCCUUCAACAUGAUGAUGAUCCUCCGGGACUUCCUGGAGUAUGCCGAGCAGAUACUCCGGCAUCACGAUGGAGAGGCGGACCUGCAGAAAGUUGUCGAGCACGAUUGGCUGGGCGGCCUUUUCCAGGGCAUAGCGACCUUUCAAAACGUUCGGCAUGUGCUGCGGGUGGUGCUCUCUGUGAUGCUGGGCUUUUUCUUGGGCUAUUGCGGCGGAGGCUUCGUGACGCCUGGCACGGCAGCCAUCGCCAAGGCCACGGCCACACUUCUCAGCAAGAACCAGGGGAGCGCCCUG